AUAUGGAUAGGAAAUUUUAAAAGGAUAGAUACCUUAUAAGCAGUUCAAACUUAGCUCAUCUCUCAUUUUCCUCUUUGUUAGUCUCAAGUUUCAAUAAAUUAAAUUAAGCUUGGUGGUACUCCAGCACUUGGGAGUCUGAGUCAGGAUUAUGAGUUCUAAGCCAGCCUGUUCCACAUAGUAAAACCUUUUUUUUUUUUAAUUAUAUAAUGAGUUGCUCUUGAUACCACCAUCUCCCCUGCUCCUCCCUACAUUGUCUCCCACUCAGUACAUUGUUUUCUUCUUUCUCUUUGCUUCAUUCAUCAUUUUCUCUUUUGCUGUUAUUUUCCCUCAAGUGCAGAGAAAUGAGACAGUUAUACUAUUUUGUUCACUGUCAACAAUCCAUUCUCAUUUUAUCAUUUUGCUUUUCAUUUCAAUCUCCACCCAUGUUCCAUCUCUCCUCCCUUUAGGUGAAUGACUAAUGUGUUUGAUAUAUGUCCAUGAAUAUACAUGUAUCUUUAAAUAAUAUAUAAUGUUGUUUUAUGUAUGUAUCUGUUUUAAAUGUAUGUAAUUGAUACUAUGUUAUAGAUCUCAUUCUGUUACUUGAUCAUGUUUCUGUAAAUACUUUAAUUGUGUUUUUUUAACUGACCUCACACCCUUGGCUACUGGUUCUGGGCCAAAAUGGGACAGACAGAAUUUCUUACCCCAAAUUUUUUGAACUGAAAUUGAGAAAGAAAAUCCCUCUCCAGUGUGGAAGCCAUAAAAUGUAAAACAGAAGCUAUCAGCAGCCACAUGUCCUGCCAUAUGGAGCCAGCUGGUCUGCAAUGAAAAAGAUACCGACAUGCAAAGAGCUGCAGAGAACCAUGUGUGCUCAAUACUGCAUCUCCUUUGAUGAUGUUGAAAAAGCUCAUAUCAACAUUCAAGAUUAUAUCCACCUCACACCAGUGCUAACAAGCUCAAUUUUGAAUCAAGUAGCAGGGAGAAAUCUUUUCUUCAAAUGUGAACUCUUCCAGAAAACUGGAUCAUUUAAGAUUCGUGGUGCCCUUAAUGCUAUCAGAGUCUUAAUUUCAUCCACUUUAGAGGGGAAGCCCAAGGCUGUUGUUACUCACAGCAGUGGAAACCAUGGUCAGGCCCUCACCUAUGCUGCCAAUCUGGAAGGUAUUCCUGCUUAUAUUGUGGUUCCCCAAACAGCUCCUAACUGUAAAAAACUGGCAAUACAAGCCUAUGGAGCCUCUAUAGUAUAUAGUGAACAGAGUGAUGAGUCCAGAGAAAAGGUUACAAAAAGACUCCUGGAAGAAACAGAAGGUAUCAUGGUGCACCCUAACCAGGAGCCUGCAGUGAUAGCUGGGCAAGGGACAAUUGCCCUGGAAGUACUGAAUCAGGUUCCCUUGGUGGACGCACUGGUAGUACCUGUAGGGGGAGGAGGAAUGGCUGCUGGAAUUGCAAUUACAAUUAAGGCUCUGAAACCUAACGUGAAGGUAUAUGCUGCUGAACCCUUGAAUGCAGAUGACUGCUAUCAAUCCAAACUGAAAGGGGAACUGACCCCCAAUCUUCACCCUCCAGAAACCAUAGCAGAUGGUGUCAAAUCCAGCAUUGGCUUAAACACCUGGCCUAUCAUAAGGGACCUUGUGGAUGAUGUCUUCACUGUCACGGAGGAAGAAAUUAAGUUUGCAACCCAGCUGGUAUGGGAGAGAAUGAAACUCCUCAUUGAACCUACUGCUGGUGUUGGAGUAGCUGCUGUGCUUUCUCAGAAUUUUCAAACAGUGUCUCCAGAAGUAAAGAAUGUUUGUAUUGUGCUCAGUGGUGGAAAUGUAGACUUAUCCUCCCUAACUUGGGUGAAGGAGGCUGAAAGGCCAGCUCCCUAUCAGUUUGUUUCUGUUUAAUUUAUGCAAAAGGAAGAGAGAGGACUGUCUCCAGAUAUGUGAAGUUUCCUAGGUUUUCUUCGUAAUUUUCAGAACCCUAAUGGAAAAUAGAAAUUUCAGA